GCCACAGUUUCAUGACGUCAUAGCAGGGGGCUGGCUUAAUCUGAUGCUGAAGUGCAGAUUUGACAUAUUGAGAAUUUUGAUUAUACAUUUUUCGCUGGCUUGUUUGUCCUCGGUUUUGUUGUGUAGUGCGGUUGAUUUUCAAUUAUUUUUGCAGUUUUCAAUAAUAGUGGAGAUUAUACAACUGCAGAAGUAAACAGCGCAAAACGGACCACUAAUAGGUUUGUGUGACAAGAUGGCUGCACUUGUCUGUCUUACUUGUACGAAAGCCACGGAACCGGAUUGUUCUAUUCUGAUCAGUGAGCGCGAGAAUAUUCAAAUAGUCCUGACCAAAUAUUUCUGGUUCACCGAGGAUGAAAACCAAAAAAGUAUCCUAUGCCAAAUAUGUUGGAACAAGAUAGAUGAUUUUCAUAAAUUUUACUGCGAGGUCGAACGAAUUCAUUCCCAUCAUGACUACAAAAUACCUACGCAGUUUCUUCAGGUGAAAGAGGAACCUAUCGCCCAGGAACUUGCCCCCUGUUUACCUGAUGUUUUGGGUUUGAACGAUUCUCUCAAAAGCGGUGAUAGCGACAGUAGAGAAACAUCCCCGUGUGGGGAUGAUCAGAAGGAUGAAUCAUCGGACAUGGAGGACGAGAAACCUCUGGCGAGCAGACGAACGAAGCGAAAGACUAGUAGAAAGAGGGCCCAUUCUCGAAGCACUUCGGUUGAUUUGAAUCGCACCGCAGAUGAUCAAUUGAUUGCAGAACGGAUAGAGCUGCGAUGUGACACAUGCUCGCUGGAGUGUAGCACGUUCGAUGAAGUGCAGAAACAUUCAAUGGCGCAACACGAAAAACGCGCAUUUGUGUACUGUUGUAAUCUUAAAUUCAGCCGAAAAUGUCGACUCAUGGAUCACAUUCGGUACCACUUGAACCCGACCGAGUUCAAAUGUGACAUUUGCCCGAAACAAUUUCCCAACAGUGAAUCGCUUAGUCGACACAAAGACAGUGCACAUGUGAGUGAUGGAGACAGAACACUGCAGUGUAGCAUUUGUUCGAAAACCUUUUCCCGUCUGAAAAGUCUGACCAUGCACGAGAAACACCACAAGAAAAAGUGGCGUUGCAUGAGCUGCAAGAAAUACUUUGCAAAUGAAUCCUUGCUGCUCGCGCACAAUAGAAGAAUUCAUCCGGAUGAAAUGUCUGCGGAACAGCUCGAUCAGAAUGAGCAGGAACAGAAAAGUGAAAGUGAUGACAAAAAUGACACAGUAGAACAAGAUGCCGAAUGUACCGGCAGUGAUGAUGAUCCUGAAUUUGAAGAUGAUAAACCAAAGCGAAGGAAACGCAAAAGGUCUGGAAGAAGUAGCCUACGGCCGGCUGACUGGGCACUGCAAAGUCAACAGUUGAUCGCAAAGUAUAUCAACCUAGAAUGUGACACGUGCUCGCAGAAAUUUGCUACCUUUGAAGAAUUGGAACACCAUGGACCCUCGCAGCACGAUAAGAAAGUUCACGUUUACUGCUGCGAAUAUAAGUUUAGCAGAAAGUGUCGUCUUAUGGAUCAUCUUCAGUAUCACGAGAAUCCGUCGAAAUAUCAGUGCACCGUCUGUUCGAAACAGUUCCAAAACAGCGAAUCGUUCAAGCGUCACAAUGACCUAGCCCACAAGGAGGAAGUGGAGAAAACUUUGCAGUGUAGCAUGUGUCCGAAAACGUUCGCAUUUCCUCGUUCGCUUCGGUUGCACGAAAAAUAUCAUCGGUCCCUGAACGAGAAGAAAUGGCACUGCGCGACCUGUGACAAGUCAUUCGCCUGGGAAACGCUGCUACGGCAACACAAUCGGAUCAAUCAUUCGGUGCGGGAAUUCGAACAUGUUUGUCACAUUUGUGCGAAAGGUUAUCACACCCUGUCUUCGUACCGGUCGCACGUGGCGUCGCACGAUGAGAAUUACAAGCGCGAAAAAGCACCGGAGGAACUGGAGCGGGUACAGUGCAGUGUUUGUGAAAGUUGGCUUUUCAAAAAGGGUUUACGAAAGCACAUGCGAAAUCAUACGGGCAGCCGAACGUGCGACUACUGUGGUCAGGUUUGUAAGAGCAUAGUGACCCUGCAGUAUCACAUGGCGCAGCAUAAAAAAGCUGAUCUAACUUGUUCAGUGUGCGAAAAAACGUUCAAGCGUGAGAUAAGUUUGAAGGAACAUAUGGCCUCUCAUACCGGGGAGGUACUUUACACCUGUGACUUCUGCGGAAAAACAUUCAAUUCAAAUGCAAACUGGUCCUCACACCGCAAAAAGUCACAUCCCAAAGAAUGGCUAGAGGAUAAGAUGCGCAAAAAUCCGCAUAUGCAGCUGGAAGAGGGCCAAAAACUUCUGGAACAGUGGCAAAAGCAGCAGUACUGUUAACCGAGUCAAUAGAUCGGUUUAGGAUGCUUAGGCGGUUUCCAGUACGUAGUUGUAUAGUUGAUAGUUUACCGUACAGGGUAACUGUGUCCAUGUUUAUCUCAGCUCCUUCAUACAUCCCGUCUAUUCAAACCAUUAGUGAGGAUAAUAUUCACUAUCUCUUUUACUUUGAACUUUACCCCGAUUCUGUGAUUCGAUCGAAUGUGGAAUUCGCAUUCUGUAUUUCGAUCUAGUGAUGUUUUUGUGCGAAAAACUAUCGAAAUAUACAAAAAAAAAAAAAACGUUCAUUCAAGCGAAGGGAAUUACAGAAUUUAGGUGACAAUCAACUAAAGCAAGGAUGUUGGCAUCAAUCAAUGCCUCGUCUAAUGAGAUGAAGAUAGGCACAAUUGCCCAAGUAUUUUUAAUGCUGGAUAUGUAAAAGAAAAAUCUAGUUCAUAAAUAAAAAAAAAGUAUUCGACACUAAA